AUGGUUUCCACACUCCUUCCAUUAGUUGUCCUUGCGACUCCAGCCGUUUCUGCCAUUUUGUCAAAUGGCACAUACCCAGCUUCAGCACUUGAUGAUCAAUUGUCAUGUACCACCUCAUUUGCUUCAAUAGCACCAUACAGUGUUCUUACAUCCUCCAAGACAGAGACUUCAACCCGGAUCGAUACAAGUAUAGUCACCUAUACUCCCUCCAUUUCCUUGACCCUCCAAGCAAGUACUCUUACUGUGGGAGAAUUCGCCACCACCACCGAAACAACUAUCGUUCCUCAAGUUACCGAUACGUUUUACAGUACAUCAACUUGUCUCGCCACAACCUCCAUCACCAGUGCUAUUGUUGAGACAGAGACCGCUGCUGCUACAACGACAAUCAGUGCAAGCCCAGAAACUGUUCACAUCGCAGCUCCAUAUGGCUUUACACCAAUCGGUUCGGCUGUUCCUGGUGUAGCCAAGCGUAGUGAAUGUGGGCCGGCCCAGCCUUCCCAGGCACCACUCACCGUUACAAUUACAGUAACAUCUACCCUUGUUUAUUCAAACGAUGUAUACUAUACUGUCACAAAAUCAGGCGAGUGGAAUCAUCAACGACCAAACACCUUGCAGUCUCUCACGAAAACUACCACCGACUCUCAAUCCGCUUCAGAAGCUGAGCAGCAAAGUACAGGAGUGCCUGCGUUAGCUCCGUCUGAAUCUUGGUCUAGAUAUCAUUACUAUAACACCACAUCUCGCUACAUCGCUGCCUCUGGAUAUGCACCAUCUGUCAGUAAACCUGUGGACACAGCUACCAGUAGCGACAUCAAACCAUUUGAAGACCCAAGUGCUUCCAUGUACGCACCAACUGGCGUCAUUCCUUCCAGUAUGGUUAGCUUCACACACGUUAUCAGUGCAGACCCAAGUCCUCCAACUGGUGUCAUCCCUUCAAACAGAGUCAGCUUCACCCCCGUAAGCAGCGCAAACUCAACUACCAGCUCUACCUCCCCAUCCAUCUUUGCUCAUAGCACAUCCUACCCAGCAGCGGUCGAAUGUACAUCGAUAUUGAACAUUGGGUCUAUCACCACAAUCACCGAGACGGCAGCAAUGGUUACCAAUCUUGCAACUCCCUACGUCACAGAGACUUCAACCUCCACUAUAACAACAACAACAAGUGUUAUGGAAGAGGAUUGUUCCACAACCCUCGUAGCUACCGAAUAUUCAACCAUCUCAAGCAUUGUCUUGGCCACUUCUACAACAACCCUCACAGCCACUCAAACCGUCAGUGAAGUUUCCGGCGCAACCCCCACCAGCUACGCCGCUUGCGCCGCUAACAACUUGAUCUCUUCCGUCAACGGAGCACCCGUCACACAAGUUCAAUUCCUCACGAGUGUCCUCUCCGCGUUGAAGACAAACUCCGCUUAUGAUUGUUGUGUAGCGUGUCAGACCGCCGCAGGCGGUUGCGCUGGUUCCGUCUAUUUGAACAGUGGCGCUUGUUACUUGGCCGCACCAGGCGCAACCUGUGGCGUUAACAGUAUUAUCACGAACAAAUUCUACACCUCAUCAUCGGCAGGUACUGCUGGUGCCUUCACUGUUUCGAAUGGACUGUGUGGACAAAUGAGCUAUAGUGCAUAUUGA